CCUUCCCCCCUUUCUGGGUUGUUCAUGCCUGGGAAGCGGACGGGUGGAGCAGCGGCAGCAGCGCCCGCCCCAAUCGGGAGGCGAAGAAGAGGAGGAGGAGGAGGAGGUCGUCCGUUCGCCCCUCUCUGCCUGCUGCUCCUCCGGAGAGAGGCCUGGCCGGGUGAGGCCGGCACUAAGCCCCGUUGGUCUCCGCCCGGAGGAGCCUCGCCUCCUUUCUUCCCCCAACUCGGCAGGCCCCGAAGUGCAGAGCCAUCGGCGGGACUGGAGACGGCGGAGAGCCUCCGCUUGCUGCUUCCUCCACCACCUCCUCCGUUUCCAAGCCCGGCUCUGCUUUGGCGCCCGGGAACCCCGAGGGACGAAAAGGCGGGGAGAGAUCCGCCGCGGACGGGAAAAUGAACCACCAGCAGCCCAGGCAGGCGACGAAAAUGUCGACCUCCCCGCCGGCGGCGGUAUCCGGGGAAGGGCAUUUGGUGAGCCGGCAGAGGAAAUUGGAGUCCAUGAUCCGAGACCCCAGAUCCCCGGUCAAUGUGGAAAGUUUGUUGGAUGGUUUAAAGUCCUUAGUCCUUGAUCUGGAUUAUCCAGCACUGAGGAAGAACAAAAACAUAGACAAUUUCCUUAACAGAUAUGAAAAAAUUGUACGAAAAAUGCGUGAUCUUCAAAUGAAAGUGGAAGAUUAUGAUGUUGUUAAAGUGAUUGGAAGAGGAGCAUUUGGUGUGGUACAGCUGGUUCGCCAUAAAAUAACGCAGAAAGCGUAUGCCAUGAAGCUGCUAAGUAAAUUUGAGAUGUUAAAAAGGUCAGAUUCAGCUUUCUUCUGGGAAGAGAGAGAUAUAAUGGCCUUUGCCAAUAGUCCAUGGGUAGUUCAGGUAUGGAUAUUUCUUGUGUACAAAGUUCCAUGGUAAUUUAAGGGAAAAUAUAAAUAAAU